AUGGACUCCAGGUCUCUGAGGGCGACCGCCUCGCAGGAGACGCUGAUCUCGCUGCUGCAACUCGAGCCACAGCCGAUGCCAGACACCGAUAAGGACCUGCCACCGCUGCCCGAGGAGUCUAGCGAUGGCACAAGGACAGAGGCAGACACGGAAAAGGACACUGCAAGAUCGAUAGGAUCUCGCGACGGGCCAGGCCAUGCCCGCACCUCGUCUCUUGGCCUGAGUGGCAGUGGCCACGGCUCCAUAUACUAUCUGACGCGCAUACAACGGUACUCGACCUACGCCCUCUCCAUAUUUACCGGGUUGCACAUCGCAAACACCUCCAUAAUACCCCUCGUCACCCGCUCCGUGCCCGCCUCCGAGGGCUAUCUCCUACUCGCUCGCGAGAUCUACCAGACCCCCAUGACGGAGCCCCUCUUCGUUGCCCUGCCUAUAGCCGCUCACAUCGCCUCGGGCAUUGCCCUGCGCCUGGUGCGCCGCUCGCAGAACCUCAAGCGCUACGGCGGCGCCACCCCGGCCGUCCUGCCUACCAGGUCGUCCACGGGGCGCUCUUUCUCCUCGUCCUCGGAUGGUGGCUCGAGGUCCGCCUGGCCGCAGCUGACCUGGGUCUCGGCGUCUGGGUACGGCUUCGCGGCGUUCUUGUCGGCGCACGUCGCCAUCAACCGCCUGCUGCCACUACACGUCGAGGGCGACAGCUCCAACAUCGGCCUGGCGUACGUGGCGCACGGCUUCGCGUCCCACCCGACCGUCUCGUAUGUCGCCUAUGUUGGGUUGCUGGGCCUCGGCUGUGGGCACAUGGUCUGGGGCUGGGCCAAGUGGAUCGGGCUCGCGCAGAUGGCGGGCUGGGCGGCCGACAUCAAGACCGUGGGCACCACGCGCGAUAGGAACGAGGACGUGCGCCGCAGGAAGCGCAGGAGGAGAAUAUGGCUGUGGGUCAACGGCACCGCGGUUGCUGCCACUGCCGUCUGGGCGGCAGGCGGGUUGGGCAUUGUUGCCAGGGGAGGUCCGGCGCACGGUUGGGUCGUCAAGGUGUACGAUGAGCUGUUUGCCGCGGUUGGGCUCGGGCAUUAG